AUGGUCGACGAGUCUGCCUCCGAGGACGAAUUCGCCAAGGAUUCAAUUGCCCACAGCAUGACCUCCGAUUCCCUCGUCGAGAACGCCGUGCCCACCAAGAGGCGAGCUGUCGGUCGCCCAAAGGCAGCCGCUGCCAAAGUUCAAAAAACAACUCGACGAGCCAGUGGCGCAUCUGCCACCGCAGGGAAGGCCAGAGUCGCAAAGAAAGCGCCACCGAAGAGGGAGGCUUUGGCUGAAAGACCCGAGCCCAAUGCCACGGACACUGAGGAGGCUGAAGAUUUCGACGAUUUGGAGAACGCUGCCCCGGUUGCAACGAGCAAAGCUAGAGGUCGCCGUAAACAGGCCGACCAGAGCCUAACCGCGCCAGAACCGGCGAAGAAAGCCAAGGCCGCACCGAAGGGACGAGCCCGACAGACGAAGAAGGAGCCCUCUCCGGACCCGCCAGCGAUGAUCGUUCCCGAGACGCAGGAUGAUCCAGAUCCAAUGGACAUCGAACCAUCGAUUGAGGACAUCCCGGAGCUGCCCGAGACCCAGCCGUUGAUGAGGCAAGACAGUCGCGCCAGGUCUGUCUCCAAGCAGCGCGCACCGGCAUCUUUCAGACGAGGAGGCAGCGUCGCCUCAGAUACUGAAAGGCUGGGCAACGACCCAACGCUGCGCAGGAAGCUUGGUGAGAUCACCAAGAAGUUCGAGAAUCUAGACGUCAAAUAUCAGAACCUGCGUGAUGUCGGUGUACGCGAUGCCGGGGUCAAUUUCGAGAAUCUUAAGAAGAGCACGGAUGAUAGAGCAAGAGCACAGGAUGACCUCAUUGCCUCAUUGAAGAAAGAAUUGGCCGCUCAACGUGCCUUGGCGAUGGAAUCGAAAUCUUUGAAGAGUCGAGUGGCCGAGCUCAGUGCGACCAACAAGCAACUUGCGUCUGAGAAGAAAGCACUUCAUACUCAACUCUCAGAGUCGCAGACCGAAGUCAAGACGCUCACAGCGAAGUUGGCCGCCACAAGAGCUUCGUCGGCGAACCCUGAGCCCAAGGUUCCAGGCAGCGCCGUCAAGGCUCAGAGAGCAAUGACUGCCGGCAGCUCUGAGGCAGCAAAGGAUUCUCAGAUCAGGCAGUUGAAGGAGGACCUCUACAGCGACCUUACUGGGCUGAUCGUUAGAGCAGUCAAGCGUGGAGAGGACGAAGACAUUUACGACUGCAUUCAAACUGGUCGCAAUGGCACGCUGCAUUUCCAUCUUGCCGUCGCUUCGGACGAUAAUCCGUCCAGCCAGAGUUAUGAGGAGGCUGAAUUCGCGUAUACGCCUCUACUUGACGAGAACAGGGAUCGUGACCUCUUGGACAUCCUUCCAGAUUACCUGACCGAAGAGAUCUGCUUCCCUCGCAGUAGCGCAGCAAAGUUCUAUGCAAAAGUAGUCGACUGCAUGACAAAGAAGGUUGUUAUCGAGGAUUAG